AUGUCCCUCCCUACGCCCCCCGAAGAAAAGCAAACAGAACUCGGCUUCUCCCCCUCCCAAGGCGCCAACUGGACCGACUACCUCGCCUACAGACCACUCUACCCACCUUCCUUCUACGCGCGCAUCUAUGCCUACCACGCCACGAAGCCUCUAGCUAGCUGGACCCACGCGCACGAUAUCGGCACAGGCUGCGGGAUCGUGGCGUCGAGUCUCGCCUCACGGUUCGCGCACGUAACGGCCUCCGAUCCGAACGAUGGAUACAUCGAUAUUGCGCGGAGGAUGUUGCUCAGAUACCAUCGACAUCCCGGGGUAUCAGAGACGGAGAAUAAGUUCACAUUUCUGCAAGAGCGAGGGGAGAGGAGUUGGCUCGGUUCCGGGACGGUGGAUUUAGCGUCUGUCUGUGAGAGUGUGCAUUGGAUGGAUACUCGCGCCGUUAUUGGUGAGGCUGGCAGGGAGUUGAAGGUCGGGGGAACAUUGGUUCUCUCGCAUUAUACGUUUCCGAGGAUCAUGGGGAAUGACCGCGCACAGCGGGUCUGGGAAGAGAUUCGAGCGGUGUGGGUAAGCAGGAUGUGUGUCGGGGACCUGUUGGAUCGGGCGGUUAGGGUUGUCAAUAUGGCGUAUGAGGGGUUGGAGUUUCCCCCGGAGGAGUGGGAACGUGUGCAGAGGGUUUAUGUUAAUUCCGGGGGUAGUCUAGAGGCGUUCAAGAUGGAUGAGAGGGUGGGUGAGAGGAGGGUUGGUGAAGGAGAGGAGAUCGUGUGGGUGGAGGAUGAUGAAGAUUGGUGCGAUUCGCAAGGCAUUAACUGGUUUAAAGGGUACAUGGCCACAUGGGUGCCGUGUGUUCCUGAGUCCGACAUGAAGGGGCUUUGGGAUGAGAUGGAGAGUGCGUUGGAUGGUAAGGUGGGAUUUCAAAUUCCAUUAGUGAUGACUUUAGCGACGAAGAAAUGA